AUGCAUCUCAUCAGCCUCAACAUCCCCGAUCUCGUCAUCUCCUUGUUCCGAGGUUCUGUGAAGUGCUAUCGUCCGGACGACAAGGCGACGUGGGAUUUUGCGGUCCUCAAGGACGACGAGGUCUGGGCAGCACAUGGACAACUUGUGGCCGAUGCGACCCGGUAUCUCCCUGGAUCGUUCGAUCGGCCCCCUCGAAACCCGGCCGAGAAGCUCAACAGCGGUUUUAAGGCUUGGGAGUUUCUCCUGUACGUGUACGGUCUCCUUCCCGGUCUUCUCCGUCUCAACUUCAAGCCGGAGCUUCAUCACUACUAUCGACAUUUCUGUAAACUCGUUUAUGGCGCCCGACGCGCUAUGCAGCACACUCUCCCCCUUGCCCACAUCGCUCCUGCUUUCCAGCGGAUUCACGAAUACGUCCAUGAGUUUGAGCCCCUCUACUACCAAGGCCUGCCUGAACGCCUUCAUUUCAUUCGCCCUUGUCUUCACACUCUCUAUCACGUCUUCCAGGAGAUCGAGCGGACGGGACCAUGCUCCGUGUACACUCAAUACACCUUGGAGAACUUCAUCGGCAACCUCACGCGCGAGAUCAAGCAACACGUCACUCCGUACGCCAACGUCGCGGAGUGUGGAUUUCGUCGGUGUCAAGCUAUCUCCUUGAAGGCCACAUAUCCGGAGCUGGAUCCGGACCCGAAGGUGCCGGAAGAUGCUUGCAAGCCUGACGACGCCCCGGGAUUCAUUCUCCUUCGCCCCAAGGACAGUGCCCCACGUCGUAUGUCGCCCGCUGAGGUGCUCGCUUUGAGUGCCUACCUCGAGUCUAUAUUCGAGCCUGUACCUCCGACCUGGGACCCAAUCGUCAUGCGCUGGGCACGUCUGUGCCUUCCAAACCACCAGAUCGCCCGCACCCUGUGGAAGGAGGGUCCCCUCGAAGCGGGCGGAUAUCGCCCUCGACGUGCGCGCAUGCUAAACUCUUCGACUUACGCAGAAGUCCAGUACUUCUUUUUGCUCACUGUUCUUGGGCCGCCGAAACGCACCAUCAGUCUCGCCAUGCUCUCCGUGUUUUCCGCACCCGACCAGGGCAUCUACCAAGAGUCUCUCGGGACCGUCCUGGCCUGCACUUAUCGUGGACAAGACGCGUGUGUUGUAAGACCCAUCAAGACGAUCGACGCGGUGGUCGCUAUGGUCCCGCUACCGCCCACAAGCGAAGAGCAGGCCACAGGCACCGACUUCACUCACCGGUACUUUGUUGUCGAGAAGCCAGGUUUAGAGGUGGCCGUGUUGGCUGGUCGAGUCCCUGACCUAGAUGGGGAUGAGGACGACAUAUAG